AUGGAUUCUCACCAGCCAACCUUCACUUCACAAUACUCUGUUCCGGAUAGUGGUGUCAUGGAUGAAUUGCGGUGCGAUUCUCCUAAUGCUUCCAAAAGUCCCAGUGGCUUGUCUAUCCUUCUACAGCGCAAUGAGGCAGGACAUCCUGACAAGACAGCUGGUUCGCAGUGGCGAGGAUACGUUCCUGCCGGGGAGGAGCAGUCGAAAUCUCCAGACCCGACCGACAGCGUCUUCAUGAACAAUCUUCGCAUGCCAUUGCUUAUGUUCACGGAUGACGAGGCUGAUACUUGGGUCUAUAUCGACCCUGCCCCACAACCUGGCCAGUCUACCUUACUCACAGCUGAGACGCAGACCAUUCCUCAUCGAAUCCACAGUCGCAGUCUCCUGAAAACCGGCUCCAGCGUCUUCAAGAAAUAUUUCGAGCCGAGAUGCCAGGCCCGGGUACGCAAGCGCCGUGGUCUCGCAGACAAGUUGCCCGAUGGGAUCAAAUAUGUUCUUGAUCUCAGCCCUGCCACCGAGGGCGACGAUGCGCUUAUAUUCAUGACCGAACUCUCCUGCCCCGUCGGUGUCAGAAAAUGGGCACGAUACAUGGGCAAGUGGAACUUGCCGCCCUCGUGUGUCGGAGGCCAGGAUGAAGUAGAAUGGCUCCCAGCACCUGAACGUCCUCAAAAACAAGGGGCUGAGAAUGAAACUCAGGAUGGAUCAUGCGAUAAGGGUCAGGCUAGCGGCACGUUGACGAAACCAUACCGAAUGAAUUGGGAUGGUGGCCUACCUCAACCACCUGAGCAGGAGGCCCUUAACGAGGAGGAUUUUGCGAAGAGGCAAAUCGUCCGCGACGCGAAACCCCCCAGGAAGGUGCCUGGCCUUCCCUUGGACUACUCUCCGACCCGCCAUCGGACGGGCAUCGAGCGUCUCCUGCACGCUUUGGAGGGUCUGGACCCGCGGCUGGACACCGCCCCCAAGCUCUGGACCUUCUUCGCCCUGGCCAAGCUGUUUCACGUGGCGACAGUGCCGGCCGUUUGCGACUAUAUUGUGUCGUGGCUUCUCCAGCAGCCGAACACGCUGUUCGUCGAAGUCCACCCGGAACUGGCGUAUCGAAUUGCCUGCGGCAUCCAAAACACUGAUCUCUGUCGCGAGGCAUUUGCGAUUCUCGUGGGCGAAGAGGCGUUGCUUCUGCUGGAAGCGUCCGUGGAGGGCUGUGCUCCGAAGCGCUCUCAGCAGACCUUCCACGGUCGCGCCCGCGAGACUCUCGAUGAUACCGAGCUACAGCGGAUCGAAUACGCGAGCAAGACGUUUCUGGAGCGCAUCUUGGAGGCAUUUCGACAGACGUCGACCUAUGUGGAUGACCGUCGCGACAGCCUAGGGGGCAAUGACCUGGAUUACCCCAGCAUUGAUUUCUUCACCGCGCCGGCAGGCAUGUACUUUGCCAGUCGAGUCUUGACACGGUCAUUUUGGAGGACGCUCAUCACGGACAGCUUUCCUCAGGCCGCCAUGAGUUUUCCCGCCAGGCUGCUGCAUGACUCGAUACGGGAUCUGGCGCCUCAGCUGCCUUGCUUCAAGUCCCAGGCCGACGCCAAAAUCCGACUCGUUCGAUAUGAAGAGGUUGCCAAGGCAGUGAGGAACUUUAACAAGCAGAUAGGCUUUCUUCUCAGAAGGGGUGAAAAUAAUAAUAACGAGACUGGGGAUAUUCCCAGCAGCAGCAGCCUGCCACUCGACAAGGCCGCUGAUCUCUACUGGCUAGAACAAGCAUUCCUCGGUAUCCGUGAACCAGAACCAGAACCACACUUCUAUCUCGGCUCCUUCGGGAAGGACGUCCAGAGCUACAUCGCCCGCGUCGCCAAGACGAUGGAGCAGCCGCCUCACCCAGAGAAAGCAGCGAAGGAGGACGGGGUGGUGCAGUUCGACCUGGUGGACACGCUGGUGUGUCUGCAAGAAGAGGAAUUCAAGUACCUCCCGCUGUGGGCGAGCGGCAACGACGACGGCACGGGCGGCGUCUUUGUCGACCAGGACAUCCCCAUCCUCGAGACGGGCGGGUUUUCGACGCCGGGGCCGGCGGUGCACACGGAGAGCAGCGUCGCUUCCGCUUCUUCUCCUGCAUCAGACUCGUUCAGCACGAUCCACCCCAGCGACGCGGCCAGCACGGUGCAGCGCGCGUCCCAUCGCGUGACUCACAGCUACAAGACGGAGACGGACGUGGUGUCGCUAGAAUCGGCAUCAACGGCAGACACAGCAGACACUGAAACAGCAGAACUAUGGCAGAGAGUGCGCGAGUUGGAUCUGGAAGAAGAUAGAGACAGCGACAGCGACGACGAUACAAUCGGCGCAGAGACGCAAAGCCAACUGGACCUAGACGACAACGAUGACGAUGAUGAUGAUGACGAGUACUACCACGUGGGCUUUGAUGAUGAAGAUACCACUACCAAUGCGAGUUCCAGUUCCAGUUCGAAUUCCAGUUCUAACUAA